GACAGCCUAACUUACUUUACUUACUUAUUAUAUCUAAUUGAUUCCUUAACUUGAUUACACCUUGAUUUACAUCAAUGAUUAACAUAUAUGAUUGACGAUAGUAUGAACAGGAUGUCGGUUCCAAUUACAAGUAACAAAACGCAUGCACAGUAGAUUGUCUUUAGUCGUUAGUCAGAGAGAGAGAUAUAGCGAGGACCUAUAUCAGCAAUUGUUUGAAUUCAGAGAUAGCUGUAGAGAUCCACUCUUCAGAAUGUAUUUUAUAUAAUAUAUUACGAAAAAUCUCUACGGCGUAGUCGUGAUCUGUCUUUGGAAACAAGUUCUGAAGAAGUGUAUUCUGCCGCAAUUUGGUUAUAAGACAAGAUCAUGGCGACAGAAGAGGUCCAGAGUGGACAGUUGUAUGAAGGCGAAAAGGCAAGCAACGGAACUGGCGAGUCUGACGCGCAGUUGGCGAGUAAUCUAAAGAAAAAACGAGCGCUACAGCGAGGUAAGGUUACUCGAUCUAUAAAGAGAGUAAGAAAGUUUAUCGAUGAAGGCGCAGAGGCGCGCAAGAAAAUAGAGAAAGAACUAACACAAAUCCGAAAGGACUUUGAGUUGGCGCGUGAAUAUCACGCUGAGCUUUAUAUUUAUGCUGAAGAAAGUCAAACGUCCAAUAUGGACGAUUGGGAAGACGAACUGACAAAUGAUCUAUAUGACAUAGAAGGGGCUGUCGAAGAGUAUAUGCAAUCGGCAGUCGAUCUUUCUAGCGUCAAAGCAAAGUCCUUAAACAACGAACAGAUUCUCCAUCCAUCGAAUAAGGACAAUGUAAGUUAUGUAACAGUAGGAGCCAGCAUGCCUGAGGAAACGCAACCUAGUACUUCCGCCGCGGGAGCAACCCCUGUUGAGAGUGAGGCUGAAAAUAAUGCGAACACUGUUGCAUCUGACGUGAUCAAUCCCACUACGCAUGAUACGGGCAACCGUACUUCACAUGAUUUCAAUCUGAAUUCAGAAAGAGAUAUUUCAAUACGUUCGGAAGAGCGAUUGAAUUCAAGUCAACCUGUCAACAGUUCCAAUUAUCUUCCGUCGUCACCUCGGGCAUUUGAUAGUUGGAUAAAUGACCUAACUGAGUUUGAAGAGACUGUUUUACCGAAUACGCUAUCAGAAAUGUCUGUCGCGCAAGCCCUCUAUAAGUUAGAAGCAAGCAAGGACAUCCCGAGCAUUGAGUUAAUCGAAUACAACGGCGACCCGCUUACAUAUGUUGAAUUCAUUGAGCGCUUCAAAUUACACAUCCAUGACAAGUCUCAUCUCACCGAUAAUGUACGAAUGGUACAAUUGAAAAUGCAUCUAGCAGGCCGCGCCCGUCGCGCAGUAAGCGGUCUCGGCUCUCACGGGAAAAUGUACGCAACGGCAUUAAAAACUUUGAAAGAACAAUUUGGCACACCAAGCGCUAUAGCACGAGCACACAUCAGCAAGCUACUGGAAAGACGUAAAAUUCAGAGCAGUGAUAGACAGGCCCUACAAGAGUUGUCGUUUGAUGUCAUGAAUUGUGUCGCAACAUUAAAGCAAAUCAAUCGCCUCGCAGACGCAAACUCCAUCUAUAAUCUGCGCGACGUCGUCAAGCGGCUGCCUGACAACCUUAUAGAUAAAUGGAAAGCAGCAGCGACGGAUAUUAGGGAAAGGGGAGAAGCGCCUUCUCUUGAGCAUAUCGGACGAUUUCUGCGAAAGCGCGUGAAGGCUGAAUUCGACCCUGACUUUGGGGAUAUCCAGAAAUCCGAAGCCCGCUUCCCUCAGCGUGACAGGCGUGGGAUCGCUUCCGGACAAAGAGAAAAGAAAAAAAUCCAAUGCUACGUUUGCUCAGAAGACCACCGAGUGGUAGAAUGCCCUGUGUUUUCGAGCUGCUCCACCGAUGAGAGAAUCCAACACGUCAAGAAGCAGCGACUCUGUUUCUCCUGCCUCAACCGCGGUCACGUGACAAAGGAUUGUAGAUCCAAAGCAAAGUGUGAUGUAGACGACUGCACUCAUUUCCACCACCGCUUGCUACACGCCAGUAAAGAAACGAAUCCUAUAUUAGGUUCGGUGACUUCUGCCCUCGAUAGAGAUGGAAUUAUGCCAGUCGUCAGAGUCUGUUUCAAGUCCUCCAACGGCAACGUACGCGAAGGAAACGUGUUGAUAGACAGCGGCGCGGGUAUCACAGUCAUCCGAAAGUCAUUCGCCAAAGCCCUGGGUCUCCAAGGGAAGAAAGAGAAGAUAAAUAUCGCAGUCGUUGGAGGAGAGAGAAUAACUCAAGACGACAGUCGCAGAGUAAAGUUUUGGAUUUCUCCAUUGAACGGAAACGAGUCGUUUCCAAUAGAGGCUCACGAGAUUGGCUACACCAUAAUCAACGUCCCCCCUCUUGAUCGCGCUUGGUUGAGCUCCUUUGAUCACCUAAAAGAUGUUGACUUUUCACAUCACGCUGGUCCGAUCGAUUUGAUUCUUGGUGUACAAUACAGCCACCUUCACGCCGAGAAUGAAGUACGUCAAGGUUUACCGUUCCAACCAAUAGCCAAAAAGACAAAGCUUGGAUGGCAUGUUAUUGGUCCUGACAACGCGAAGGGUUCACCCGACAACUACCUCAGCUUCGCAAGAAAAAUCAACCUGGAAACAUUCUAUGACUUUGAAACCGUUGGAGUUAGAGCUCCAGACUGUAAAUGUCCGGUAGACGUGAUGACCAACGACGGGAAAAAGGCCAUAGAACUGUUCAAGUCCUCGUGUAAGAAGUUAGACGGACGAUACGUGAUCGGACUACCUUGGAAGAAUGAUCCUGCAGGACUACCAAAUAAUUAUCCCUUGGCACGGCAAAGACUCGAGUCUUUAGAGAGAAGCUUACAAAGAAAUCCAACGAAAGCAAAGAUGUACAAUGAAGCAAUUAAGGAAUACGAGAAGAACGGAUGGGCCAGAAAGUUAGAAGACCAAGAAGUCAGAAAACCCCAUGCACACUAUUUACCUCACCACGGCGUCUACCGGCCAGAAAAGAAAAGCACGCCCCUCAGAAUCGUGUUUGACCCCGCAUCCCCCUACAAGAAUAUCUCGCUCAAUUCGUUUCUGUACAAAGGACCCUGUCUGAUUGGCGAUCUUCUGGGAGUUCUGCUACGCUUUCGAGAAGAAAAGGUGGCGUUUGUCGGGGACAUAUCGAAGAUGUUCUUACAAAUACUUCUGCCUGAAAGUGACUGCCAAAUGCAUCGUUUCUUAUGGAGAAACAUGGACACGACAAAGGAGCCGACGACCUACGCCCUACUCCGCGUUACCUUCGGGGACAAGCCAUCUCCAGACAUGGCGAGCUACGUGAUGCUCAAGAUCGCGGAGGAAAACAAGGAACGCACACCGGAGGCUUCCAAAAUCAUUGAGAGGGACCGGUAUGUCGACGACUUGAUCCAUUCAUGCCCGACUGUGCAAGAUGGAGAGAAGAGAAUCAAGGACGUAGAGAAGAUACUUGGAGAAGGUGGAUUCAAUAUAAAGGAAUGGCAUUGCUCCUCACCUGAACUCCAACAAACCGUGAAUGCGAAAAGAAUGAAAAAACGCAAGAUCAAAUCUCACCUUCAUCAAGCGAAGUAA